AUUUUUCAAUUUGCGUGUCAAUUUUGGUCGCCAUUACUGUUUUACUAGAAAUUUCCCUGAUACACUGGACAAAUACAAGUUUUCGUUAACCAUGUCGGCUGAUGGAGAAAAAGACAAAUCCAUUGAAAAUAUGGAAAAAGAGAAAGCAGCAGGAGGAGAAGACUCAGCAACGGGAACGGAUUCUGCAGAAGCAUCCGCGGCGGCGGCGGCCACAGCAACAGCUAAACCUGAUGCCGAUGAUAAGUCGGAGAACGAGAAGAAAUCAACGGCAAGUGAUUCGGCGGCGGAAGACAAAAAAUUAGAUGCCGAUGGCGAUGCCGAGGAAUCAGGGGAUGACGAUAAAGUAGAUGGACCAAGCGCAUCAAAGAAAGAUUCAACGUCUAACAAUAAGGACAAAAAAGGUGCAGAAGACGAUGACGCCGAUGAUGAUGCAGAAGACGGUGUUGAGGCUAAACCUAAAAAAGAUGACGAAAAAAAAAAUAAAAGCGAUGCUGAACCUGAAGACGAUGAUGAAGACGAAGAGAUGAAGGAUGAAGAUGACAAAAAAGAUGCUAAAAAAGAAGUAGUCAAAAAAGACGCAAAGAAAGAAACUAAAAAAUCUGAUGCUAAAGAAGAAAACGGAACCGACAACGCCACCGAUGACAAAAAGAAAGCCAAGGACGAUAAAAAUGAUGACGAAGAAAAAGAAGAUGAUGAAAAUGACGAGAAUUUGGUUUCAUUAGCAGAUUUUCCUAGAAUCUUUGAUAAUAUAAACAAAACAAGAGUUGAUGGCUUACAGACGUUGCAUAUGAUUUGUUUUGGCAAACAGGGAAAAAAUAAUGUUGUAAAGAAGAACAUUCGAUCAUUUGCUGGUUUUGAAUUCGAAGCUGAUUCAAGUGAAUACAAAAAGAAGUUUGAAACGAUUAAGAAAGUCGACACAAAGACACUUAAGAGUAUUUGUGACAUUCUUUCAUUAGAUCGUAAAGGAACUAAAGAUGAAAUCGCAGAGAGAACAUUGAAAUUCCUUUUGGAACCAAAUGCCGAUUUAAUUGUUGAACCUGCUGAAGAUGAAGAAGAAGAAGAGGACGAGGAGGAGGAAGAAGUUGCCGAAGAAGAGGAAGAAGAAGUCAGUGAGGAAGAAGAUAAGCGCAAACGUAAACGACCAAACCAACGAGGUGCUAAAAAUUCAACCAGACGUCCCAGACGUGCAACUGCUGGCAAAAAAACUUCGGCUUAUGUGGACUUUUCAAGCUCCGAGGAGAGCGUUAAAAAGGCUCCCGUCUCAAAACGCCGACGAAGGAAUGACGAUUCCGAAUCUGGUUCAGAUUAUAAUCCAUCCGGUGCUAAUUCUGAAUCUGAUGGUGGGCGCAAACGUCAAGGAGCUCGUCAAAGUGGGCGGGGACGACCAUCGGCAACAAGAAAGGGCUCAAUAAGAUGGUUAAAUUCUGAUGAAGAACAAGAUUUAGAUUUAACCGAUGGUGAUAGUGAUGCGGCACCCAAAAAGAAGCGCCCUGCAGCAGGUACACCUAAAGCUGGACGAGGUAGACCACCAGCUAGAGGUGGAAAGCGUGGUUCCACAAAGAAGCGUAAUGAUUCCGAAAGUGAAGAAGAACCUUCAGAUGAAGAAUUAUCGGAUGCCAUUAGUGAUAAAAGUGAGGAUGAUUCAAAGAAGAAGAAACCUGUCAAAAAACCAUCAACGCCCGUAUCAGCAGCGAAAAAUAGCAAAACAAAUAAUAAAUCCAAGACACCCUCAAAACCUUCUUUGGCUGCAGCUAAGCCGAAAAAAUCGAAGAAAAAUUCAUCGGGUGAUGAAAAAGAUGAAUCCGAAGAUGAACCGCUGACAAAGAAAGGAAAAUCAGCUUUCCCAACGGAUGAUCAAAUUAAAAAUUAUGUGAAAGAAAUUCUAGACAAAGCCAAUUUAGAGGAAAUCACAAUGAAAACGGUAUGCAAGCAAGUGUAUGCCAAAUAUCCAGAUUUCGAUUUAACAGAAAAGAAAGAUUUCAUCAAGUCCACUGUCAAAGCGUUGAUUGCGGCAUAAAAUCAAACGUAAUGUGUUUUUAUUUAAAAAAAAACUUCCUUUUUCUAUGUUUUAUUAUAUAUAUAUAUAAACAAAUGUUUCUUUGAACUGUACACACACACACAUUAUUAACAAACAAAAUUAAGCGACACCAACAUUUAUAUUUAAAAAACAAAACAAAAAAUCUCGUUUCGAUAAAAUAUUCUAACUAUUAUUUUUCUCUGGCUAGUACAAACAAAAAGUAAACGUAACGGUUAAAUAUAAUACAAAAAUAUAUUUUUAAUAUUUCGACACGCGCCAGAGAUAAACAAAAACAAAACAAACAAAAAAAAAGAAGCGUAUAAGAAUAAUUAUUUUCUUUUUGUAUGGUUUUAAAGAAUUUAUAAAUUAUUGAUAACAAAACAAAAAACAUACAAACUUUGUUUAGUUAAAAAGAAGAAUCACAUUUAAAUAGACAAAACAAAAUUAAAUCUAAAAUAAACAUUAGAUAUUUAUAUAUAACAAGAAACAUUAAUGAUAAUAGACUAGUUUUAAUGUUAAAACAAGGAAAAUGGUGUUUUAAAAAACAAAAUUAAAUUAAUAUCUUAAAAUCAAUGUGUAAUAUAUAUAUAUAUAUACUAUGCAUACGAUAUGCCGAUAACAUGCAAAACAAAAAGAAAAGUAAAACACAAAAAUACUAUAAACUAGUAAUUAACUAGACCCACACAAUAAACAAAUAAUAAUCUUGCAUUUUUCCCUCCCCUUUCUUUCUCGCUUCUCUCAUUUAUGUUUUUUGAUUUUUAACAUUUUCCUUGUUGUUUAUUUUGGUAAAAGUAUUUCUUUUUUCUAUAGUUCAUUUAUGUUUAAAACGAAAUAUGAUUGAAUAAGAGAAUAAAAACAAAAGAGAACGCUUCUUGGUGGUGCUCCCUCUCUUCAGUGUGUCAGCAGAUAAGAAGUUUUUAUUUUUUCUUUAAUUUUAUUAGUCUUACAACUUAGGUUUAAAUUUAUAAUUAUUUUCUUAAAAUAUUCUUUUUCAAUUGCAAUAGAUUAUUGUAUAAAGAAAUAAAAAUAAUUCCCGAAUGAGUGUAUGCAGUUUAUCAAUAAAACAAAAAACAUACACACAUAAAUAUUUGUAAAAGAAAAAUAAUAAAAAAUAAAAUAUUUUGAAUGAGAAUGGAUCAAUGUCCUAUAAAUACAAA